CCGCUGACCAGCUCUGUCCGGGCCUCCCGGGCCUCAGUUUCCCUCCCGCGUGGAUCCAGGGGCGGCUUCGCGGACCGCCCGGCGCCCUAGGAACCACAAAGUCAAAGGGCUAAGCCAGGUGGCUGGACAGGAGGCCCUCGCCCUCUUGCUGUGAACUCUGCUGUUCUUAUGGGAGCCAUGAAGCUGAACGAGAGGAGCGUGGCCCACUAUGCACUGAGCGACUCCCCGGCCGACCAUACGGGCUUUCUGCGCACUUGGGGCGGGCCAGGGACUCCACCGACCCCCAGUGGCACUGGCCGAAGGUGCUGGUUUGUCCUCAAAGGCAACCUGCUCUUCUCCUUUGAGAGUCGUGAGAGCCGGGCCCCGCUGAGCCUGGUGGUGCUGGAGGGCUGCACAGUGGAGCUGGCCGAGGCUCCCGUGUCUGAGGAGUUCGCCUUCGCCAUCCGCUUCGACGCCCCUGGUGUGCGCCCACACCUGCUCGCGGCCGAUGGGCCCGCGGCCCAGGAGGCCUGGGUGAAGGCACUGUCCAGGGCGAGCUUUGGCUACAUGCGCCUGGUGGUGCGCGAGUUGGAGAGCCAACUGCGCGAUGCCCGCCACAGCCUGGCCUUGCAUCGCCACUCAUCCUGGAAGGCCGCUGGCGGCCACUGUAAGCCCCAGGCUCCUGACCACCGGUCUCUGGGCCUGGAAAACGGUCACUCCCCCUCCAAGGAUUGCAGCCCCAUGGACUUGGUUGAAGAAAGGGGCAGCAGGCCAGCAGGGCAGGGCUUGGCCGAGUGGCAGGGCCCUGCCAGCCACUUCCUAGGCAGGAGGCAGAGCCCCUCGUUCCCUGAGACCUCCUACUUCUCUACCCUGCACAACUGGUACGGCCAGGAGAUCAUGGAGCUGAGGCAAAGGUGGCUGCAGAGGGUCUGGGGGAGCCAGCCAGAACGUGAGAAACAGGACGGGCCCUGAGCCUCAGCCUUUCGGGUUCCGCCCUUAUCCUGCUGGUCAGGACUCCGGGGCCAGUGCUUUUUCAGGAAUUUAAUGUUUAUUCGGUUUAAAGUUGCUUUUUCUGAGAGGAUUCUUUCCUUCCUGCUCUUUAGAACUUCCCCAGGUUCCAGAUCCAUCCCCGUACCUGGAGGGGACUGAGGAAUCAUUCCUUCCAGCCCAUUUAUUUCCUGAGGCCCAGAGAGGAGAGGGGGCUUGCUUAGCAGCGGUAGAGCCAGACCCAAGUCUCCUGCCGCUGUGCUGGACUGCCCCUCUCUCAGGGAAUACGAAGGGGAGGCAGGAAGUGGGGACUAUCACGUGGCCAUAGACUGCCGUGCGUUUUUACCUACACACCACAGACUCUACAACCACAACUUCCUACACUGGGAGUCUUGUGUACACUUAAAUACCAGAAGUUGGCUGAAGUGUUGGCUCGAGGGAUUGACAUCGUCAGAGAAAGUAGAUUUCUUGUCCUGGGGGUUUCUGGGGCCCAGCUCUUCCUGGGUGGUGGGGCA